CACCAUGACAAUGACAUCAUACUCUAGAGUGUGGACUCGGUCUCCAUGAUGAGAUCACAGUCCCCUUUACCAUGGUGACCUCAUCCCAUUUUUGGUAUGUGGAGACAUUUGCAUACUAGGCGCGACGUCGCCGGGAGAAUAUUUUCUUUUUAUUAUUACAUUCAAAAUCGUGUUAGCGUCUUCAAGCAAAAGGCUAAUUUCAAAAUGGCUUCAUUUUCUCCGCUCAAUCUUCUGAUGGUUGAUUUAGUGAAGAGUCCAGCAGACAAGCCUGUAGCAAGUGGAAGCAGCCGCCUUGGUGCGUGCGAGGGGUCCCUCUUGUGGCGGCGUCGAGUAUUGCGUCGCGUCGAUAAGCGCUUGAGCGGGCUUUGUUGUUGUGGGAGCGCGCAUGCGCAGUGACAUGAAUGGCCGCUGCGCUGACAGUCCACCAGGAAGUGAGGCGGCGACCAAUCGUCCGACGUUUGAACGACCAGGCAGGCAGGGACAGACGGCGGCCAUCGGCCCGGAUUGCACCCGCUUCCGCUUCCGGCUUCGGCCUUUUAAUGCGGGCCGAAUAACCCGCCGCCGCCGCCUGGCCCCCCACUCCCCCACCCCCGGCCGUCGGUGCCGCUCGGUUCGAGCUCCGUCACAUCGCGCGCACGUCCUCCCCCCCACCCAGGGAUGAGAUGGGAUGCUGCGGGAGCGCGGAGAGGACAAAGAGAGAAUGGAGACCACUGGAGGAUCGAAGCUGCACUGACCUGCCCUGGUUCCUGCUCUUCAUCAUCUUCUGUGUCGGCAUGGGCAGCGUGUGCGCCUUCACGGUGGUGUCGGGGGGCGCGGCCCGGCUGGUCCUGGGCUACGACAGCUACGGCAACACGUGCGGACAACGGAACCCACCCUUGGAGGGCGUCCGGCUCAGUGGUCUGGACCACACGGAAAGGAAGUUCGUCUUCUUCUUGGAUCCUUGCAACAUCGACAUCGUUCAGAGGAAGAUGAAAUCAGUGGCGCUCUGCGUGGCCCUCUGCCCCUCGCACGUCCUCCACACGUACAAUGACCUCACGACUUUUGCCACGCUCAAUGGUUCUGAGUUGUGUUCCUACGAGUUAGCGGGUCACAAGUACCCCAGUCUACCCGAGAGGUUCACCAAGUGUCCCAAACUACCUGUCCCGCCCAGCAAGCCUUUGCCGCUCUUCAACCGCUGCACGCCCGUGGACAUCUCGUGUUACUCCAAGUUCGCCGAAGCCGUGGUGACCUUCGUCGGCGACGACUCCUUCCUGCACCGAGUCAUCGCCGGCGUGGCGGCCAGCAAAGAAGUCAUCGUAGGACUUUGUCUCCUCGCGCUGGUGUUGUCGAUGACGCUGACGGUGAUCAUUCGCUACAUCUCGGCGGUACUGGUGUGGAUCCUCACCUCGGUGGCGGUGCUCGGCUCUCUAGCGGGGACCAGCAUCCUGUGGUGGUUCUACGUGGACCACCGUCUCCACAGAAACGACACGAACGCCGAGCCGGCCAAAGAGGAAGAAGCGGGUCAGGACGACGACCGGACGCUGCUGGUCUACGCCAUCGCCGCCUCCGUCUUCACGGUGAUCCUACUGCUGUUGAUGCUGUUCAUGAGGAAGCGCGUGGCACUUGCCAUCGCCUUGUUCCACGUGGCCGGAAAAGUUUUCAUCCACCUGCCGCUGCUGGUGCUGCAGCCCUUCGUGACCUUCCUCGUGCUGCUCCUCUUCUGGAUCUACUGGGUCCUCGUUCUGCUCUUCCUGGGAACCAGCGGGGAGGCGGUGCACAAUGAGGAGUCGGGCCUGACCGAGUUCCGUCUGACGGGUCGCUUGGAGUACCUGACGUGGUUCCAUGCCGUGGGCCUGCUGUGGAUCACCGAGUUCAUCUUGGCCUGCCAGCAGAUGACGGUGGCGGGCGCCGUGGUCACCUACUAUUUCACCAGGGACAAGAAGCGCCUCCCGGCGUGGCCCAUCGUGCGUGCGGCCUUGCGGCUGCUGAGGUAUCACGUGGGCACGGUGGCCAAAGGCUCCUUCAUCAUCACGCUGGUCAAGAUCCCCAGACUCCUCCUCAUCUACGUGCACAAGCAGCUCAAAGGGAAGGAGAACGCGUGCGCUCGCUGCGCGCUCAAGUCGUGCAUCUGCUGCUUGUGGUGUUUGGAGAAGUGCCUCAAUUAUCUCAAUCAGAACGCGUACGCGGCCACGGCCAUCAACAGUACGGGCUUCUGCACGUCGGCGCGAGACGCUUUUGUCCUGCUGGUGGAGAACGCCCUGCGAGUGGCCACCGUCAACGCCAUGGGGGACUUUGUGCUCUUCCUGGGGAAGAUCCUGAUCGUCACCACCACGGCGUUCGCCGGCGUGGUGCUGCUCAAUGCGCGGCGGGAUUACGCCGAGUGGGUGCUUCCCCUGGUCAUCGUUUGUCUGUUCGCCUUCCUGGUGGCGCACUGCUUCCUGUCUGUCUUCGAGAUGGUGGUAGACGUACUCUUCCUUUGUUUCGCCAUCGACACCAAGUACAACGACGGCACGCCGGGAAAGGAGUUCUUCAUGGACAAAGCUCUCAUGGAACUGGUGGAGCGCAGCCGGCGCACCGAGCGGGUGGUUGGCCGGGGGCGGAGCCGAGUCAAGGAGGCGCCGUCGGAGGGGGCGGAGAUGAAACCCAUGGUGAGUGCGGGAGGUGAUCCAGGGGGUGGGGCCAGCAUCAGCGUGUAUGUGGAGUGGGAGGAGCUGGAGGAGUUCCAGGUCUACUACCUCCUGGUGGCCGUCUUCCUGGACUGCGCCUUGACGCCACACGCCGACUUCCUGUUGUGCCUCAGCCACGACGUCUUCCUUUUCCUGUGCGUCUAUCUGCCCACCUCCUCCCUCUUCCUCUUCGGACGCCUGCUGGGCGAGCCCGCGAGCUCCGCCCCUCCCAUACCGACUGGCUCCGCCAGCUAAUCGCAGUGCACUGACGGAACCGACCGCAAGCACUGAUGUGCACGAGCUAACGGCUACGUGCUAACUGCCUUAUUGUCAGCAUCGUCUUCAUCAUCAUUGCCAUGGUCAUCAUUAGCAUCAUCUUCAUUGGGGGUGUUCGAUACCAGUGUUUGUCAGCCUUGAUACCAUUUUGUCCAUAUAUCAAUCGUGAGUACCGAGGAGGACUUACUCUAUUUUUGCCUUAAGUAUCGGCUUCUGGUAUCGGAAUAUGGGCUGUAUUGUCUCAAGAACGACACCUGGUAUCGCUGCUCGCCCAUCCUUUUUCAUCAUCAUCAAUUCAUUUGAUCCUUUUUGUGGUUUUCCAUCACUACCUCUUCAUCAUCAUCAUCAUCGCAACACCUGCCGGUAUGCCACGUAGCCGCUAGCUAGUCCACGAUUAGCCACAAUGUUCGCGUUUCACCGUGUCUUUCUCGUUUCAGGCUCCCGGGACGAGUUCGGCUUGACCAAUCGAAAAGCAGCCAGUGGGACUUGUUGAAAGAAAAGAUUUAUUUUUUAGCAACGUGUAACUUGUUUACUGUCUUUUCACUCCAGGAAAACAAUAUUUUAAUAACAAUAAGUCGACGUAACAAGCACUUUAUAAGGAAGCACUGCUCCUUUGUUCUUGGUUUGAUCCUUCUUUUGUGAGACUGACUCAUCUUCACUUCAAGGACACUUGUUGGUUUGUUUGUAUUUUCUUGAUUUGGACAUCAAGACGCUUAACCAUCUGACAAUGAUGAUGAUGAUGUCAUCGGGGACUCUGGUCGCGACGCAAAUGUGAUGAGUGGCGGAGGCGACGGCAAUGAAAAAAAAAAGGCUUCCUAUUGGAGACGCUAACUUCUCAGGAAGUUUAAGUGUUACCGGGAAGUGCCGUCGUUUGUGCUGAUGACGCUCGCUAGUGAUCGUAAGACAACCACCGACAAACGGGACAGGAAGUUCAACUUCUUUGGAUCACUCCACCUGUAAAAGCGGAACCCUUCUACAGCGUCCACUUUCGAUUUGACGCCAGGAUCGUUGAAAACAUUUGACAAGGCCAUGUGCUGGUUGGCAAAAUUGUGACAUCACAGCACACUUGCUAGGUGGCGCUGCGCUGAAGCCUCCCAACACGUCGGCAGGAAACAGGCAUGCUGUCAUCUUCGUCAUCAUGGCCGUCGUGGAAGUCAUGUGACUCGAGCGAGCGUUUUGGCUCACUCAACUUUUUCUUCUGUUCCUGGAGGUUUUUUUGAUAUUUAUGCUUUCUUAUAUUCGUUUUUUUUUCUUUUUUUUUUUUUAAGAAAAAUAGUCGAAUAAAAAUCAUCACCCGUG